GCCGGUUUUGGUAACCUGUGGGACUCCUUCGUAGCAGUCUAGUUUGUCAGUUGUCGGGCUGUUGUACCUUACAACCUGUGUGCACCAGAGCACAGGGAUCACUUAGCCUCAUGGCCAGCAACUCUAAAAAGAAGGAUGUUGGAAGUCAGUACGAGGUGCUUUUCACUCUUGGCCAUGGUUCAUUUGGCACCGUGAAACUGGCCUGUCACUUGAAAACCAAGGCACUGGUUGCCAUAAAAAUGGUAGAGCUCAGCAAGAAGAACAUCAGGGGAAUCCGUGCAGAGAUAACCACAUUAGAGAAACUACAGCAUCCUAACAUCAUCUGCCUCUUCCAGGUGCUGGUAACAUCUAAGCACAUUAAUAUCGUUACUGAAUAUAUUCCAGGAGGAAACUUGUUUGACAUCAUAAAGGAGGAUGGCCCAAUGCAUGAGGAAGAGGCAAGCAGAAUAUUUGGGCAGGUAGUGUCAGCUUUAAAAUACUGCCACAACCAGGAUAUUGUCCAUCAGGACAUAAAAGCACAGAAUAUCCUGAGGGAUGAGGAUGGGAAUGUCAAAAUUAUAGACUUUGGCCUGGCCAUUAGAUGUAGAUCUGGCAGGUUACUGAAACGGCAGUGUGGGACCAAGAGCUGUUUUGCCCCAGAGCUCGUACUACAGGAGCCAUAUGAUGGCAAGAAGGCAGAUGUGUGGAGUUUGGGCGUACUACUUUAUUUUAUCACCACCGGGUACUACCCCUUCAGAGGAAGCACCAUGAAAGAGAUGGAGGAAAAGAUAGCUACGGGGACCUAUGACAUUCCAACUCAUAUCUCUGGACAACUUGAAAACCUAAUACACCAGAUCCUCACAGUUCCCCCAGAGAUGAGGCCCUCCAUUGAAGAUAUUGAGAAACAUCCAUGGGUCAAGAAAACUGAGGUAAAUAACCCAACUGUGACCGAUCCAGAUUAUAACAUCAUUGAAAUGCUCUGUGGCAUGGGAUUUGAUGCUAAUGAGAUCUUAGAAUCCCUGCAAAGAAAAAAAUAUAAUGAAUCAAUGGGGGCAUACUUGAUUCUAAAAGCACAGGUAGACAAGGGGCUUGAGCACACAUCUACCAUCUCAGCCAAGCCUGUGGAUCGGUGCCCUACACCACCCCCUUCACCACCAGCACAUCCCUCUAUCUCUAGUCGUCUCCUAAAGAGAAGGGCCAGUGAGCCCAACUUUAGCCUCCUCCACAUCCAGCCGUCAGGAGAACACAGGCCUGUUUCCCUGGCACUAUCAGGACACAAGGUGGCCAGAAGUGUCUCCAUGCCACCCAUUUCUCUACACUAUCCUGAGAAAAAAACCAACAGUUCUAGCUUUGCCCUCCAUUCUGGAGCUGUGGCUGCUCCAUCUGUCGGCAACAGCAUAUUGGAGGAUGAAUUGCCUGUGCCACCUGAUCAAGAGUGUGACAUGGGUGCUUGCUUCGGCAGCACAUAUACUAAACAGUGUGACAUGAAAACACCAUCUCCCCCUCAGAAGAUGAGCCGCUUCAAGAGAAUGUGCAAGAGAAUCAGGGCUUGCCUGUCACAACUCUGCUGUAUCCCGCGGGCUCCCAAUACAAAAAAGAAGCAUACAUCCUCCAAUAAAAUAGCUCCCUGAAAGCAGCAAGAGGCAGAACCUGAUGAAAAGGUCCUUUUCCAGGUGUGGAGCCCAUCCCUCCAAGAAAGGUUAGGGACUGCUCAGGCUUUCAUGCCAUUUUCCUUCUGCUAACCUGCACUACUUUGAGUAGGUCCAAUUCAGUGCUACUAUGGAUCACUAACAGAACUUCACAGUCCUACCUCCCAGAAGAUGAGUCACAGUGUUGCACUUUGCAUGACUCUUUAUAUGAGGCACUCAGAAGUUCAAAGCAAAUCCAAAAGCCAAUAGAUCACCGUUAAUGUGGUCUUCCCUUAGAGACAGAACUGAAAUUCACCAUGGACCUCAUCUUUUAGAUGCAGAGUCCAUCCCAACAUUUAUCAUCAUGAAUAAACCUUCCAAGCAGCUCUGAGAAUCCAGUUUACAGAAAAUGUGACAUCAGUGGAUGGCAAUAACAUCUCUGGGGCCUCAGAAGCCAAUCUUGGUGGAGGAUGGAGCAAUGUCAGUCAAUGGAUCAAUGAGUCUCUGCUGGUCAAGAUGAGCUGCUUCCAGGCAAAUUUUAUCAAAAUGUAAUAAGAUGAUCUUGACUCUUUGACUGUUAAGUAAGUGUUCAAAAUGGUUCUUGGACACCCCAUUUGCACAAUGGAGGUAAGAAGUCUACUGAAGUCUUUUGGGGCUUUUGGAUCAUGCUUGUGUAUUUAGCAAGGGACUGCUGUGAGAGGACAUUUCUGGACAGUGGCAUAUCUACAGUGUCUCACCAUUUCUUCAUGAUGCUCCCAUGAGUCUUGGAAAUGGAGAACACACACUGGCAUUAAAAUGUAACCUCCGAUGUAUGAAUUUAGGGCUGUGCACAGCAGAAGUAACAUUUGGACAUUUUUUUCAGCUAUGAAGGAAGAACCAUUUGGCCAUCAUCUUCACCCCUGGAUGUGUUUAUAUAUGCCCAUGAACUGUUGAGUCUCCAGGGAAAAACUUUUCUUGGGAUCAAUGCAGGAUGUAUGUGUGGAUCUCUUUGCUUGUCUUCUGUACAUGAAUGAUACAGAUUCAGCCUCUUAAUACUGAACAGAUUAUUCUAGCUGAUGACCCAGGCUUGGAAGAUGGACUGAAGCCAUGAAGCCUGGCCACUGUAAGGAUGAAUCCCAUCUUGAUGAAAUACUUGAAAAACAUCUAUGCACAAGAUAAAAGUACCAGGACCAAAGGCAUCCCAGGAUACAAAGAGCCUGACAGACUCAGGUCAGGGGUUACCUCUGAGUCCUAGAAGAGGAAGAAGGCCUCACUCCACAGAAGCAGCCUCUUGCUGAUGCUGUUGCAAGCAGUACUAUGAUUGUGAAAUUUGUGAC